CCCACGGCGAGGAUUGCGCCUGCGCAUUGCACACCCCUCUCUCCUUCACCGUGCCCUAGCGCUCCAGUACGACCCGAAGCACCGUGCUGCCUAGUGCUGCUCACAACGAAACGACGCCAUGGCUGUUCCUCCCGCGUAUGCUGACCUGGGCAAGUCUGCCAAAGACAUCUUUGCCAAGGGCUACGGUUUCGGGACCGUGAAGAUCGAUCUGAAGACAAAGUCCCAGAGUGGAGUUGAGUUUAACACCUCUGGCUCCAGUAACACGGACACAGGGAAAGCUGGAGGUAACCUGGAGACCAAGUACAAGGCGAAGGACCUGGGCCUGAGUUUCAGUCAGAAGUGGAACACUGACAACACCCUGACCUCUGAGAUCACCCUGGAGGACCAGUUGGCUCAGGGGCUGAAGCUGACCUUUGACACAUCAUUUGUACCAAACACGGGGAAGAAGAGCGGGAAGUUGAAGACCGGCUACAAGCGCGACUACAUCAACCUGGGCUGCGACGUGGACUUCGACUUCGCCGGGCCGACCGUGCACGCGGCGGCGGUCCUGGGCUACGAGGGCUGGCUGGCCGGGUACCAGAUGGCCUUCGACACCUCCAAGUCCAAACUGGCCCAGAACAACUUCUCCCUGGGCUACAAGGCCGGGGACUUCCAGCUGCACACCAACGUGAACGACGGGACUGAGUUUGGCGGCUCGAUCUACCAGAAGGUGAACGCGGAGCUGGAGACGGCGGUGAGCCUGGCCUGGACGGCCGGCAGCAACAACACUCGCUUCGGCAUCGGAGCCAAAUACCAGCUGGACAAGGACGCGUCCCUAUCUGCCAAAGUGAACAAUGCCAGUCUGGUGGGAGUGGGGUACACACAGAGCCUGAGGCCAGGAGUGAAGGUCACUCUCUCCGCCCUCAUCGACGGCAAGAACUUCAAUGCCGGGGGCCACAAGCUUGGGCUUGGGUUCGAGCUGGAGGCGUAGAGACGAGAGGAGUGCCGGGAGAGGAAGAACCCCAACGGGAAGAUCUGGGAAAACGAGUCGCCAAGUCCCAGAGUCCACUCCGAGAGAGGAAACGUACACACACCCACACACACACACACACACACACACACACACCCCCAGCACAGUUUUGGCCUUAACCCUGAAGUCCUCCGUACACCUUGAUAACCUGUACUGCAACAAAACUCACAAAAACCACGAGACUCACUCUACAGGUUUCCAUGCCGACUGCUCCAUUCUGAUGUCACUCCGUUAACACUCCCAGUCUCCCUCACCCUUGACCUGGAAAUACUUCGCGUGGUUACAGGAGAAACUGUGUACAGUUUUGAGUAGAUUUAUUUUUAGUAGGUGAGUUGGAUGGAAGGCAGAAUUUCCUGAGUAUGCGUAGGAGAGUGUGUCCUCUCUGUUAGGCUGGGUUGUUGCAUAUUUACCUGUAGGUUUGAUUGUUUAAUUCACAUGCCUGCCCAUGAGUGGCAUCCAUUUUGAAUUGUGCAGAAGAUGGAAGUCAUUCUUUUUUCUUUCUUUUUUUUUUUCUGCCACUGAUUUAAGCAGCAUAUUAAUGAAGCCUGGGAGUUGUGUUGAAGUGGUGACUUGUUUUUAAAUAAAAGACAACUUUAAAUCAA